GCAAAAAUAAUCUAUUGUUGGCACAACUCUACUUGUUGGGUGUUAAGAAAUGCCGUGUCUUAUUCUCAGACACUCUCUCUUGCCUUAGGGUUCGAACAGAAUCAAUCAGCGACUCUAGUGACUGACAGACAUCUCCAUUGGUCAUCUGCUACAGAUCCCGCGACUCCAUCUCUCCACUCAACACCCCUCCAUUUUCAAUGAAGAUAAAAAACCCAAAUGCAGGUGCCCUAACCAAUUUUGAAGUGCUUGAUUUUCUAAGAUCGAGAGGUGCCUCGAGGGAUGUUUCGCGGGUUCUUGCUCCUGUAGCGGCAUCAGAAUACAAGGUUUACGAUUAUUUGGUUGAAACUCCUGCGUGCAAUCUAACAAGAGAGAAAAUCAAUGAAUUCUUAGAGAGAUGUAAGAAGUACGACCUUGCCAAAGCUGAGCUUCUUAAUAUUAUCAAUAUUAGGCCUUCUCAAACUGUCGAGAUUUACACGAUCAUAGAGGAAAUGGAUUCACGUUUUGACAUGCCAAUCAUUGAAGAACUUGUUGAAUUGGUUGAAGAGGUGCUGCCACCUCCUCCAGGCCAACCAAAUGCCGAAGGUGGGACUGAUGAGAAUGAAGAAGAAAAUGGAGAAGGGGAAGAGAACAAUGAUGAAAAUGAAGCUGCAGACGAGGAAGAACCAGAAACUAGUUGAGGCCAUGUAUGCUGGAUUGUCCAAGUAGAAACCGAUCAAAUCUAAUUUUGUUCUUGAUAUUACAGAGAGUAAAGUGGUUUAGGAUGCGUAGCAAAUGAAGUUAAUGAAACUUAAGGAGGUUUUUCUUUCAAUUUUUGGUUACUGUAUCGAAUGGAUUUGGAUACUGUGGACAGUACAUACCCCAUUUCUUCUUGGUAUAUACAGUUGGAAGCUAUGUCAUACGUGCAAUGUUUGCUAGGACACAGUAAUUGUAGCAAGGUUUUCACUUACCAAUUAUCUUAGUAAAACGUUUUUGGUGUGAUUGUACUAAA